CGUCAGAUGAACCAAGAUGCUGCAAAGCGUCGAAAAAUUUUGCAAGAAGGAGCUGGUGGCUCUGCGUGUGUUAAGUAAGAUUAAACACAUUUUGAAUAUAAAACUGGCUGAUCAGAGUUUCCUAGGUUAAGCUUUGCUGGUUUGUUUUGCACAAUGAGAUCGGCACAACUUCCACUUCGCGCCGCUGGACGUGGAAAGAAGUUUUCCACGUGCAGCUGUAACGCUCGAGACAAGAAAAGCGUAUAGGACUUUAGCAGAAUCAAAAAGAUUCCUACGUGUCGUGUUCAUCUUCACGUUACGAAGACCGACUAAUCUAUUUCCCCUCUAUCAUCUUUGAAAAAAAAAGCAGAUGGCGUCGACAACCCCGUCCGCUCCCGCGUCGGCGGCUCCGCAUUUCUUGGAAGGCGAUGCGACAAAGGUUGCCGCGGACCUGUUCGGGGUUGCGCUCCCCAGCGCGAUCUUCCUGUCCCCCCUGCCGCUGUUCUACAACGCGUUCAAGCACCAAACGCCGGUAGACAUGCCGCCCCUGGCGUUCACCGCCCAGUUCGCGCAAUGCUGGUUGUGGUUCGUGUACGCGAACCUGAAGGACAUCCCGUUUUUGAUCGUAGCGAAUGUGGUCGGCCUGUCGACCGCCGUGUUCUUAUUCUGAGUAAAAGCGUCGCCACCCCAGAGUUGUCAUGUAAAUCUGCAUGCCAUAAAAGUUUCUCCUGCGGAGCCCCAUGAGAAGCGUUUUGUAAUUUGUGAUGCUAGAAUUAGCAUGAUAUGCUAGAUCUGUGAUGCUGCUGGACUAGCUAAACAGGAUUACACUAGGAGGACAGACUUGGCAUGCGAAGCAACCAAAGCUGCUUGAUCUGUCUAGGGAAAGCAGAUUUCCCAUCUUGAUUCUGGUGUGGGGACGUUUUUACUUAGGAUAGUUCUACGUGCUACUAUACCCGUACUGCUGCAAACUCAUCCUGCUCCUCGACCCGACCGACCUCCGCACGCCGUUGGCGGCCGGGAAGCCCGUCACGACCGACGCCGUGCAAGUAGAAGUCGUGGCCUCCAGGACGAGCCCCGACGCGGGCGCAGCGCCAGCACCGGGUGAGGCACAGGAACAUGAGGACCGCGCAUACGACGAGGGGGAACGGAAGGUGUCCGCCUACCUGGCGCAAUACAAAUGGCAAAUGUUUGGCGCGGUUUUGGUCGGCGCGGUGACCACGUUCUUACUUUACAAUAAGCCCUCAGUGCAGGCGCUUGGAAUCGCAUCUAGGUAAAGAUAGAUACAACAACUGGAUGAACAGAAUUCAUCGCAUGUUAGGAAGAACGUUUAUAUUUUUUUCUCAAUACUAUAUAGCAUCUAUCGAUCGUUGCGGCGCAGUGCUCUUCAUCAUGAUUGCAUAUGGUCUUGAUGUCAUUUGUUUCGAUCAACACUGACAAUAAAUGCAGCUCCUGGCUGGGCGAGACGGCGAAAGACAGCGGGAUAGGCGGUUACAUCGCAAUGACGCUGGGGACGCUGCUUUUGAUUCACCCCGUGUUCACCAUGGUGGAAGCGCACGCUACCAAAAAUGCAGACUUGAUGGGUUCGUCGCUGAUGAAUGGAGUAUACACCGCCUGCAACGUCGUGCUUCUCUCGCAAGGACUGUUCUUCAACUACAACCUGGCGCUGGCGAUCCAGUCCGCCCUGGGGCUCUUCGCAAACAUCACCGCACUUGCGGUGCGCGCGAGCAUUCGCCCUGCUCCGGAGGUACUAUCCGCCGCAGCAGACGGCGCCGGAGCGACUGGAACUCGGGAACAAGUGCGGAAGACGGACUAAUUAGUGCUGCUCUGGAAUACUUACAAUGUGCGGGAAAAGGAGAAAGGGGCUAGGCCUACUUUUCGGGGUGACUGCUGCAGUCCACAGCACAACGGGCGGCCUUCUGCGUUACAACUGGCUGCGGAUGAUUCUACUCCGUUGAUUGAACUGCGCAAUCUCCAGUAGAUGACAUUGUAAUGAACUCUCCACCUCCGAUACAAAGACUAUGUAGUUUCUGUUUCAGCAUUGUUCUUCUAGUGACGGUUUGCAAUCACGAC